UUUCAGUCACCCAGGCAGGGUGGCAGGUGGGCUAAGAGAGGGCUGGCAGCCUGCCAACCACUAGGCUCCAUUCUCUUCCCUUCCAGGCUGUGAUCACAAAGUGGCUGUAAGAUCUAGCAGCAGAAGAUGCCCCAGGUCCUGGAGCGUGCAGAUAGCAGGUGGUCCUGGGUGGUCCUGCUGGCCUCCCUGGUGACCCAGGCCCUCACCAUGGGCUUCCCUGCAUGCAUCGGCGUCUUCUUCACUGAUCUGCAGCGUGACUUCAAAGCCAGCAACAGUGAGACCUCCUGGUUCCCCUCGAUCCUGGGGGCCAUGGUCCAUGGUGGAGGACCCCUGUGCAGCAUCCUAGUGGAACGCUUUGGCUGCAGAGUGACCAUGAUGCUAGGGGGGGUGCUGGCCAGCCUGGGCAUGGUGGCCAGCUCCUUCUCCAGCACACUCAGCGAGUUCUUCCUCACAGCAGGGGUGAUCACAGGCCUGGGCAUGUGUUUCAGCUUCCAGUCUGGCAUCACGGUUCUGGGAUUGUACUUUGUCCGCCGGCGGCCGCUGGCCAAUGCACUGGCCUCCAUAGGCAUCUCCGUGGGCGUCACUCUCUGGCCACUGCUGGCCCGAUACCUCCUGGAGGCCCUGGGCUGGAGGGGUGCCUUCCUUGUCUUCGGUGGGGUCUUUCUCCACUGUUGUGUUUGCGGAGCCAUCCUGCGACCUGUGGCCACCAGUGUGGGCCCCGACAUCAAAGAAGUCUCCCCUCCACCUUCCAAGACACCUACACGCAGCUGCCUGGCAACAUGCAUCUCAACCAUCCGUUACCAUCUGGCCUUUGACGUCCUGCGGCAUAACAUGGGCUACUGCAUAUAUGUAGUGGGUGUGACGUGGAUGGUCCUGGGUUUCUCACUGCCUCACAUCUUCCUGGUGCCAUACGCCAUGCACUAUGGGGUGGAGGAAUAUUGGGCAGCUAUGCUCAUGUCAGUCAUCGGCUUCUGCAACAUCUUUCUGCGGCCUGUGGCGGGGCUAAUGGUAGGCCGGCAGAGCGUUGCUGCCUACCGCAAGUACCUGUUCAGCGUGGCGAUCCUCCUCAAUGGGCUCACCAACCUGAUAUGCACGGUGUCGGCAGACUUCCGGGUGCUCCUGGGCUACUGCCUGGUGUAUAGCCUGUCCAUGUGUGGCAUCGGCAUCCUCCUCUUCCAGGUCCUCAUGGACACUGUCCCAAUGGAUCGGUUCCCCAGUGCCCUGGGCCUCUUCACCAUCCUGUGUGGCAUCGCUUCCCUCAUCUCCCCACCGCUGGCUGGACUCCUCCUGGACACCACCAACAACUUCAACUAUGUGUUCUACAUGUCAAGUGCCUUCCUCAUCUCAGCUGCCCUCUUCAUGGGCAGUGGCUUCUAUGCCUCGGAGAAGAAGCAAGGCGGGCAAGCCAAGGUGGAAGACAUCCUCUCAGAGACUACCCCGAUGCAAGGUCUUACCCUGGAAAGCAAGGACAGUGCCAAGAAGCAACUGUGCUCUGAAAACAUGUAUGUGACCAGUGUCUGAGCUCUAGAGGUCACGUGGGACCAGCAUCUGUGCUCUGAGGUCAAUGAGUGACCUUCCUUCCAGGCAGCCAAAUGCAGAGGUGGGCCUUCCUGGCUUUCUUCCUUGGGGCCCAAGAAGAUGCAUCUGAGUCCUGUUUGAAGCAGUUAUGACUAGUUCUCCUGGAUUGGCUCCUUAUGAUUACUCCUACAACCCAAUGCCUUGGACCUUCCCAUGCAACUUGCAUGCUUCCCCCAUCAGCUCUCCUAGUCCUUCUCGGUCUUCGGACAGUUCUGAGGAACUCUUCCUUCCUUCUUCCAGGAACCUCCUACCCCUGUCUUCCUAAAUGACCAGCCCUGACCUCUUACAUCAGGAAGAUUAAUGGAAUGGCUGCAAGUGGCUGGGCCUCAUGCUCACAGGCGCCCUAGGAAAGGCAGAGGUGGAGGGCCAGGCUGCAAAGUUGGUCUCAGUCCAGGAUGGGAACAGAUUAACUGUAUCAUGGAAUACUGGUCCUGACACCUGGAAAGAGAGCAGGAGAGAAGCCCUUUUUGCUGUCCUGGAAAAGGCUGUCCUGGCUUGGAUCUUAGAACUGAGGACAUCUUGAGGGGUCCUCUGCCAUUUAGCAGGGCCUAAGCUAGGGUCUCUCUUUUUCUCCCCGUGUAUCCAUGGUGGGGAGGUGUAAUGCUGAAGUCAGGGGGAAGGCAGACAUUUGACUGACUAGGGGAAAGGAAGGCUUUCUAGGCGUUCUAAGAACCAUUAUGAAAACAGGGCUUGCAUAUGCAGCAAUAACCUGUGCUCCCUCUUGGCCUGCUGAGACGCCUCUUCUCCCUGCCAUGUUACAAAUAUCAACCUCAAGGCAGUAGCUGGCUAAGUCAGCUGCCCCUGGUAGCCUGGGCCUAAGACCUGGAGCUAAGCCUACAUCCACACUUAGCUGGUGCCCCUCCCUGAGGUCAUCACCCAGGGCUGGCUGUCAUCAGCCCAGACUUGUCCCAGCAGGGUACUCCAGGGACUUGGAAAACAGUCUGUUUGAAUUAUACACAAAAACAUUCCCUGCAGCGGGUCAUAAACUCUGGACUAAUAAAGCUGGAAAACAG